CCUUGUUGCACCCCUCGCCAUGCACCUCGCAAAAACCAGAGAGCUUAGAAUCAAGCAGAACUCCACUUCAUCAGGUACAUAUCCAUGGCGGCCUCGGCGUGCAGCCGCUUCGGUUUCACCUGCCUGCUCGCGCUGGCCCUGCUCGCCGCCACGGCGUCGGCGGCGGGGGAGAAGGAGACGCACCUGCGCGUGUACUGGCACGACGUGGUGAGCGGCCCGAACGCGACGGUGGUGCAGGUGGCGGAGGGCCCCUCGUCCAACGCCUCCGCCACGGGCUUCGGCACCGUCAUCGUCAUCGACGACCCGCUCACCGAGGGCCCCAACCUGACGUCGUCCAGGCUGAUCGGCCGCGCGCAGGGCAUGUACGUGAGCGCGGGGAAGGACUCGCUGUCGCUGCUGAUGGCCAUGAACUUCGUGUUCGUGGACGGCGCCUACAACGGCAGCAGCGUCGCCAUCGUGGGCGCCAACCCCGCGGAGAGGACGAUCAGGGAGAUGCCCGUGGUCGGCGGCACCGGCGCGUUCCGGCUCGCGCGGGGGUACUGCCAGGCGCGCACGCACUGGUUCGACGCCAAGACCGGCGACGCCACCGUCGAGUACAACGUCUACAUCCGCCACGACUGAGAUCGACGACGACCGUGCUACAAUUACACACACUGUUUAAUUUGGUCAUUGAAUUGGAUGCUAUUUAUCAUUUCGAUCGUAUGCUUAUUUCUCGAAUUUUUUUGGCGUUAUGUGUUAACUCUUGAGAGAUUCAUUGUGCAGAAUAACAAAAAUGUUUGGUAGCAUUUGACUUUUGAAAUAAAUCAUGUGGUUCCAUCUA